UAACCCUCAAACCCUAGAUCCAUCUCGUUCGCCUCUCUUUGCUUUUAUCGUUCCCAAAUUUUCUCUUCAAACCCUAGCUCUAGAUCACAGCAAUGGCCGACACUGAGACGUUUGCUUUCCAGGCGGAGAUCAACCAGCUUCUCAGCCUCAUCAUCAACACCUUCUACUCCAACAAGGAGAUUUUUCUCCGUGAACUCAUCUCCAACUCUUCCGAUGCACUGGACAAGAUCAGGUUUGAGAGUUUGACAGAUAAGAGCAAGCUCGAUGCGCAGCCGGAGCUCUUUAUCCACAUUGUUCCUGACAAGGCCACCAAUACACUAAGCAUCAUUGAUAGUGGUAUUGGAAUGACAAAGUCUGAUCUUGUCAACAACCUUGGUACCAUUGCAAGGUCUGGAACAAAAGAAUUCAUGGAGGCACUUGCUGCUGGUGCGGAUGUGAGCAUGAUUGGUCAGUUUGGUGUUGGGUUUUAUUCAGCCUACCUUGUUGCUGAGAGGGUGGUUGUGACGACCAAGCACAAUGAUGAUGAGCAGUAUGUGUGGGAGUCCCAGGCUGGUGGGUCUUUCACUGUGACCAGAGAUACAUCCGGGGAGAAUCUGGGAAGGGGCACCAAGAUCACUCUCUUUCUCAAAGAGGAUCAGCUGGAGUAUCUUGAGGAACGCCGCCUGAAGGAUCUUGUCAAGAAACACUCUGAAUUUAUCAGCUACCCCAUCUCCUUGUGGAUUGAGAAGACCACUGAGAAGGAGAUCUCUGACGAUGAAGAUGAGGAGGACAAGAAAGACGAGGAAGGGAAGGUGGAGGAUGUUGAUGAGGAGAAGGAGGAGAAGGAAAAGAAAACGAAGAAGAUCAAAGAAGUGUCACAUGAAUGGUCCUUGGUGAACAAGCAAAAGCCAAUCUGGAUGAGGAAACCAGAAGAAAUCACCAAGGAGGAGUAUGGCGCAUUCUACAAGAGCCUCACCAAUGACUGGGAGGAGCACCUUGCAGUGAAGCACUUCUCUGUGGAGGGCCAGCUUGAGUUCAAGGCAGUCCUGUUUGUCCCCAAAAGGGCGCCAUUUGAUUUGUUUGAUACAAGGAAGAAGCCCAACAACAUCAAGCUGUAUGUGCGUCGGGUUUUCAUCAUGGAUAACUGUGAGGAACUGAUGCCGGAGUAUUUGAGCUUUGUAAAGGGAAUUGUGGACUCUGAGGACCUUCCCCUCAACAUCUCUAGGGAGACACUUCAGCAGAACAAGAUCCUUAAAGUUAUCCGCAAGAACCUCGUGAAGAAGUGUGUCGAGCUCUUCUUUGAGAUUGCAGAGAACAAGGAAGAUUACAAUAAGUUCUACGAGGCUUUCUCCAAGAAUCUCAAGUUGGGCAUUCAUGAGGAUUCACAAAACAAGGCGAAGCUGGCGGAGUUGCUGAGGUACCACUCGACAAAGAGCGGGGAGGAGAUGACAAGCCUCAAGGAUUAUGUGACAAGGAUGAAGGAUGGACAGAAUGACAUCUACUACAUCACCGGUGAGAGUAAGAAAGCUGUUGAGAACUCUCCAUUCCUUGAGAAGCUGAAAAGGAAGGGCUAUGAGGUGCUGUACAUGGUUGAUGCCAUUGACGAGUAUGCUGUUGGGCAAUUGAAGGAGUUCGAGGGGAAGAAGCUUGUUUCAGCAACCAAGGAAGGACUGAAGCUGGAUGAAAGUGAGGAUGAGAAGAAAAAGAAGGAAACACUUGUCCAGAAGUUUGAAGGGUUGUGCAAGGUAAUCAAGGAUGUGCUUGGUGACAAAGUAGAGAAGGUUGUAGUUUCUGACCGUGUUGUGGACUCACCGUGCUGCCUGGUGACUGGUGAGUAUGGCUGGACUGCAAACAUGGAGAGGAUUAUGAAGGCACAAGCUCUGAGGGACUCGAGCAUGGCUGGGUACAUGUCAAGCAAGAAGACAAUGGAGAUCAACCCGGAGAAUCCAAUCAUGGAGGAGCUGAGGAAACGGGCGGAUGCUGACAAGAACGACAAGUCUGUCAAGGACCUCGUCCUGCUGUUAUUCGAAACCUCUCUUUUGACCUCCGGCUUCAGCCUGGAUGAUCCAAAUACCUUUGGCAACAGGAUUCACAGGAUGCUUAAGCUCGGUUUGAGCAUCGAUGAUGAUGAUUCUACUGCUGAUGCUGACACUGACAUGCCUCCUCUUGAGGAAGCUGAAGCUGAGGAGAGCAAGAUGGAAGAGGUUGAUUAAAUUGGUUACUGAUCUUUCAUCCAAAUUAUAGAACUUUUACUCUUGCUACAUGUUUUUGUCUUGAAUUAUUUAAGAGUAAUCAGACAAUUAUCUAAUUAGUUCCUUGUUUGCUGGCUUCUUCUGUUUUAAGAAGACUUGUUUUGUUAUUUAUGAGAAUGUCUUUGUGAACUAUUAGUUUCA